AUGCCGAACCAAAUAAGAAAUAUCAGCUCUCGCGACACUAUUUCAUUUCCCUAUAUCUUUGAACAGAAUGUAGGCGUACCUCUCAAGUCUGCUAACGGUCUUGUUCGCGUCAAUAUAUACAGGCCAAAUAUCGAGGAAGGCGCCCUUGUCCCUGUUAUUGUAACUUAUGGACCGUACGGAAAGGAUAUUCAAUACAAGGAUUUUCAUCCCAAAUCUUUUGCCGAAGUGAAUCCGGAGCAUCAUUCAGAUCAUUCAGCUUGGGAAACUCCUGAUCCAGGAUUUUGGACACGCAAUGGGUACGCUGUCGUUCGCGCUGACGAGCGAGGACUGGGCCAGUCGCCAGGAGUUUUGGAUACCAUGUCUCGAGGAACCAGUGAUGCAUUCUUUGAUGUGGUUGAAUGGGCAGCCGAACAGCCAUGGUCAUCGGGUAAAGUUGGUCUUUUAGGAAUCAGCUACUAUGCCGGAAGCCAAUGGCGCGUUGCAGCUCGAAACCCAAAAGGAUUAUGUGCUAUAAUUCCUUGGGAAGGGAUGUCGGAUUACUAUCGCGACCGAUGUCGCCAGGGAGGUAUUCUAUCCAACGGGUUCAUCAAGUUUUGGUGGAAUCGCCAAGUCAUCACCAACCAAUACGGCCGGCCGGGAAAAUCUGCUCGCAACUGGGGCCCAGAUACGAUUGAAGGCGACCUAACCGAAGAGGAACUUUUGGCAAAUCGUAAUGACCAGACUGAAGAUAAUGUAGCGAACAGGUUCCGGGACGAGCCAUAUUAUGCUUCCAAGGAGUAUCACAUGGGUGAUAUUCAGGUCCCAUUAUUAAGCGUGGCAAACUGGGGUGGAAUCUGCUUGCACUUGCGUGGAAAUGUACAGGGAUACCUCUGGGCUGGUUCUGAAUUCAAGUAUCUUCGAUUCAUUACUGGACGCCAUGACCUACCGUUCUAUUAUCACGAGGAGGUGGAAAUACAGAGAAGCUUCCUUGAUGCUUUUCUCAAAGGCGAGGAUCGAGAGGGAUGGUCCGUCAAGGGGAAAGUGCCUCCUGUCAGUGUUCUCCUACGCAAAGGCGACGUAGGAUUCAAUAACGCCGAAGCAGAGAAAGUAUAUGAGCGACGUGAGGAAACUGAAUGGCCAAUCAGCCGAACCCAAUAUACGAAGUUCUUCCUGGAUUCGGACGGUUCACUUUCUACUUCGGAGAAGUUGGUCAAGAGGUCGAGUAAGCUAUCAUACAAGGCAUUGGGCACAAUUGAGCAGCCAGAGCUACUCAAGUUUGAAACGAAACCUUUUGAAGCUGAAACCGAAGUUACCGGACACGUGGUGGCACACUUGAACGUAUCUAUGACCCCAUACUCCGGUAGCGAGUCAAUCCCAACCGAUAUUGACUUGUUUUUGACUUUACGAUACAUUGGUUCUCAUGGAAAAGAGAUCUUUUACACAGGAACAGCAGGCGACCCAGUUCCAUUAACAAAGGGCUGGCAACGCGUUAGUCUACGCAAGGUUGAUUCAUCUCAUUACAAGAGCAAACCCUGGCUUCCUCACCGAAAUUAUACGUCUGCGGAUGUUGAGCCGGUCAUUAUUGGAGAGAUUUAUGCGGUUGACGUGGAGAUUUGGCCCACCAAUGUAGUUGUUGAAAAGGGAGGAAAGAUUGUGCUGGAGGUCGCAUCUGGCGACACACAAGGGGCCGGUAUCUUCUUGCAUAAUGACCCAGUAGAUAGAUCAAAAGAGAAAUUCGACGGAUUGAAUCACAUACACUUUGGUCCUCAUUUCUCGAAUUAUCUUACACUACCAAUCAUCCCAUAG